ACUCCUCCUGAUCGAGUCUCGAGCGCCACUAACACCUGCAGCUAGCUAGCUCUUAGCACUGCUGAUCUCUUCGAGCCUAGACCCAUGGCGACCAACCCAUCCAGCCUCCGACUCCAAGUCACUCCCAGCGCCGCGCCCACCGAGUGCAGCGAGCUCAGCUUCCAGGGCCUGUACCUGUUCCACACGCCCCUGGGCCCCAAGGCCAACCAGGCCCUGAUCAUAGACGGCAAGGGGCCGAUUGGCGCCACUGCCGUCAACAACUGGACGGUGUGCGACGGGCCAGGGCCGGACGCCAAGGUCGUCGCCCGCGCGCAGGGCCUACACAUCCAGGCCGGGAACUGGCUCAACUCCUUCAGCCUCGUCUUCGAGAACGAAGGGUUUAGUGGGUCCACACUUCAGGUGAUGGGGAUCACCGUCGAAGCUGGGGAGUGGGCGAUCGUUGGGGGCACCGGCCAGUUUGCCAUGGCGACCGGCGUCAUCACCAAGAAGUUCCAUGAGCAGAGAAGCGACGGCAACAUCAUAGAGCUCGCUAUCCGUGCCUUCUGCCCACUGCUCAAAGGGACAAGGGUGCAGCACCCUGUCACGAAGAUUGGGACAUGGGGUGGGAGCGGAGGGAACCCUAUGGACAUCACCGAGGCGCCCAAGCGUCUGGAGAGCAUCACCGUCCGCAGCGGCCCGGGCGUCGUCGCCGCCAUCGCCUUCUCCUACGUCGACCACGCCGGCCAGAAGCACGCCGCCGGUCCCUGGGGCGGCUCCGGUGGGCAGCCUCACACGGUCCAGCUCGGCGAGUCCGAGGUCGUCACCCAACUGUCCGGGACAGUCGCCGGCUUCGGCGGCAUCGCCGCCGUGGUAACCUCGAUCAAGUUCGUCACCAACCUCGGGACCCACGGGCCGUGGGGGGAGGAGAAGGGGACCCCGUUCGCCGUCCCCGUGCAGCCUGGCAGCGGCGUCGUGGGCUUCUUCGCGCGCAGCGGGAUCUACCUCGAUGCCAUCGGCGUCUACGUGCGCCCCUCUGAACUCUGAAUGAAGCAGCAGCUGCUUCUUGAUCGGUCGGCCGGCUUGCUGUUUCCGAUUUGGCUUGCUUUCGUUUGACACUUCUCUGAUGUACAACGAACUGAGUUAGGGGAUCCUCCGAUCCCCUCUCGGGUGUCUUGUUUGUGUGGCGUGUUUGCUUCCGUGUCUAGCUUGUUUGAUUUGGUCAAAUAAUAAAGAUGUCGACCGAAGAUUGAUCUAUCA